AUGUGCGCCGCCGUGGGGGAGGUGGCCCCGCCCGGCUGCGCCCACCGCGUGACGAUCGUGGUCACCACCUCGCCGAUCCCAGCUCGGCCCGGCGAGGGCCGAGGACGAGCCUGCACCCUGUGCUUUCCGCCGCGCCGGGGGUCCGGGGCCGGAGGUUUGUGCUCGUGCCGUUCUUUCUCUCCUGCCGCCUUCCGCGACCACCUGCCCGGCCUCGAGGAGUGCGGCCGGCUGCUGGUCUGUGACGGCUACCUGCGGGGCGACGGGAAGGCGCAGCUGUGCCCCGAGGCCGCCUACGCCGAGUACCUGGACGAGGUCGUGCUGCUCGCCGAGGGUGGGGCGCUGGGGCCCUGCCGCGUGCUGCGGCUGCAGGAGCGGCGGGGCUACUCGCUGGCCCUCGCCGCGGCGCUGGAGGCCGUGGAGACGGAGUUCGUGCUGGUGGUGCAGCACGACUGGCUGUUCGUGCGGCCCGCCGAGGUCGCCGCCGCCGUGGCCGCCAUGGACCUCGACGCGGAGGUGCGGUACAUAGGCAUGCAGUCCAUGACCACCCUGGACUACCCGAGGCGGAUCCGCGACAGGUACGGCCUGGAGCUGCCGCCCGCGCGGGUCGUGGGCGGCCUCCGCCUGGUGCCGCAGCUGCACUGGUACGACAAGCCCCACCUCCCGGAGAAGAAACCUGGGCGAAGGCAUAAACUCUCGGAGGUCCGCGCGGAUUCCUCGGAUCGGCGGAGGUUUUUAGCAGUUUUCGGUUUUGGCGGCCCUCGCUGGGCCCUGGGACCGUCAAACAACGACUCAGGAGGACGAGCCAGGGUCGGGUCGGAUCUCUGGGGAGGUACGCGCCAGGGGGAGGCUCCAGAGGCGCCGAUCCGAGGACUCCGCGCGGGCCUCCGAGGGUCUGUGCUCCGGCCGAUUUUCUUCCUCGGACCUCUGCAGGGCCGCGCACUACCGGGAGGUCGUCUUCGCGGACGUUCCCAUCCGAUGAUCUUCACGGCGUGUACUCCGGCGGGGCGAGAGUUUGGGCCCAUGUGCGUUCCCCGGCGGAGUUCCCUCGCGCCGGCGCGGAAGAGUUCCCAUGCGUCUGAAAAUGAGCGGGAUAACUCAUCCCCUGAAAUGAACAGUUACUACGACUUAGCCCUCAGCGGGAACAUUUUUUGUUCUUCCGCCGCGGCCGCGCAACCGCUGCGCUCUGGCGUCCUGGCGCAGGAGUCUACGGCGGAGGGGGGGCCAUCGCAAGUCCUGCGACUCCCUCGGUCUUUCAUUCGCCGCGGCAGGACACGUGGGCCAAACUGCUGUCGCGGCGGUGUGUGA